GGCCACUGUUGGCGUAGCACCUCACGGCUGCACAACUUUGGGGGGGAAAAGUCGGGAAAAACGGUAAACGGUUCGAUGUCAGGAGCUUUGACAAGUUUUUAGCCUGUAUUUGAAUUGAUGAAAAAACUAAAGUGAAAAUGCCACCGGUUAAGAAAGUCGAUCUCGAGAGGAUGGCAUGGAGUUGGAUUGAAACAGUAGUACCAGAAGAAAUCGAGAAGGUCCACCUAGAGAAUGCGUACAGAAUAGGAUUAAAAAAUUGUAAAAAUUGCAAACGUAAUUGCAGUAACAAUCCAUGCUGCCUGACUGGUUUAGGCGAGGAAAAGUACUUCAAAUCACAGCCAGCCGAGGUGGCAUCGCUGGAAAGUUCAUUAUCCGAACUGAGGGAUCCAACUCAAUACGUUGGUCUCAAAAAUCUUGGAGCCACGUGCUAUGUCAAUAGUUUAAUUCAAGUUUGGUUUCAUAAUGAAGAUAUGAGACGAAUAAUCUACAAAUGGGACAUAACAGCAGACCCCGAGGAAUCCGAGUACUUGCAGCACUCCCAAUCCCUGAAAACCCCCUACCACCCCCGAACAGUAGUAGGCCAGCUGCAGUACAUCUUCGCGAUGAUGCAGUUUGGUAACAAACGACUGCUGGACCCCACGAGCCUAGCGAUUGCCCUGUCCCUGGACACAGACACCCAACAAGACGCCCAGGAGUUCUCAAAACUUCUCCUCGCUCACAUCGAGAACAAACUCACAAGCCUAACUCUAAAGUCUCGUCUGCAACGGCUAACUCAGGGGACCUACAUCUACGUAAACCGAUGCUCAACCUGUUCCACUGAGUACCAGACACCCACGACAUUCUACGAGCUUGAUCUCCAGCUUGCUCCAACCCUGAAGGAGGCCAUGGACAACUACCUCAGCGAGGAGGAGCUAGUUGGUGCCAACAAAUACCACUGCCAACAUUGCAAUGAAAAACAAAAUGCCAAGAGAUUUAUCAGACUUGACUCCCUCCCAGAGACCCUAAACUUCCAACUCUUGAGAUUUGUUUUUCACCGAGAGAGUGGACAGAAGAAGAAACUAUCGUCAUUCAUACAAUUCCCUGAGGAUCUGGACAUGUCGGAGUACUUGAACUGCCCAGCAGGUGCCCAUUUGUACUCAUUGGUUGCUGUUUUGAGUCAUAAGGGACCAUCCGCCCACUCUGGCCACUACAUCGUCAACAUCUGCAAUUCCUCGGGGGAGUGGUAUCAGUUCAGUGACGACAAAGUCGAGAAGACCCAGAAUAAGAGGAUUGAGGAUGGCAUCGGGGACAAUGGGAAGGUCGCCAAGAGGUCCAGGGUGCCCAAGGGCUUUCUCUCCUCCAACACUGCCUACAUGUUGGUUUACAAGAAGAACCUGGGGGAUGGCAAAGCCAGGAGGCCCCUGGACAAUGGGAAGAGGAAGGAGACCAGCGAUUCAGAUUCAUCAGGGCCUAUUUUCAGUCCUGUGAAGAAGUCCAAGCUUAAGAGGAAGGGGAGGAAGAAGAUCAGGGGGGAUGAGGAGGGGCUGGAUGAUCAUAAUUCUGUGGAUGAGGGGAAGGAUGGAGUCAUGAAUGAUGAGGAUCUCAAGGAAGAGGGGAUUUUUUGUGGGAAAGAGGAAGUUGAGAGAUGUUUGUCUCCUCCUGGUGCUCGUGAUGAUAAAAAUGGCGAGAUUGAACUCACGAUGAAGGAGAAUUAUCAUAAGAAUUAUCAGAUGCUCAAUGGCGAUGCUCACAGGGCCAUGGGCUGUGGUGAGAGGGAUUAUUAUGAGGCCAUGGAGUUUCAGAUGUGGGAGCUGAGUGAGACGCUGAGGGAACUUGUUAAAGGGGAGAAUGUUGCUCAUGAGUUGAGUCUUCUUGCUGUUCAGGAGGAGAAGCAGAAGAAGAUUGAGGAGAAGAAUGUCAAGAGGCAGGAGGUCAUUGAUUUUUAUGAGGCAUGGGGAAAGUGCGAGGGUGUGGGGGAGAGAUUUGUGUGGAUUCCUACGAGUUUUAUCAGCAAGUGGCUUAAUGAUCAUUCGGGGAGCAAUGAGGGAGUGGGGGAGGUGGAGACUGGGGGCCUCAUGUGUCGACAUGGGAAGAUGGACCCGGGGAAGGUGCAUAAAGCCAAGUGUGUGCCUUUGGCCGCGGCUGAGAGGCUUCUGGGGAAGUUUGAGAUGAGGGAGAGACUUGGUGAGGAGAGCCUCUGCUUGGCAUGCGUCAGGAAGAAGUGCAAGACGAUGAGGUUCAAGAUUGAGCUGGAGAGGGAUCACAAGGAGGUGCUGGAGUCUAUUAAAGUGAUUAAAGAAAUAACUGAUGAUAGUUACAUAAUCGGGGCAGACUCGUUAAAACACUGGAGAAAAUUAGCAAUGGAGCGUUUGGAGGGUGAAACGAGUCAUGAGAAUGAAGUAGAGCACACGAACGAUCAAAAGCCCUCCAACGAUAAUCAGAAAGAAGAGAUGGAGGAGGAAUCAGAACCCAUUAUGAAUUUUAAUGAGGAUCUUCUGUGUGAACAUGACGGAUUGAGAAUUCCAGAUGCUAGUAGGAAAAUCGUACCAGGUGCUGCCUGGAGAAUCCUUAAAAAGUAUUUUCCAAAGGCUGCUGAGUAUCCUGUUGGCACAAAUUCAUGUAUUAUUUGCGAGGAGAAAAAUGAAACUGCUGAGAAAGCCAAGGCUGAUCAUAAAAUUUGGGGGAAGCUGCAGAAGGACCACUUGAGUGAACUUUAUCACGGGAAAAAUAGAAACGAAGUCAUCAAGGAUAAGAAUUGUCAUAAAGUCUACUUCAUCGUUGAUAAAGGAUUUGUGGAUGUUUGGAAGACAUUUACUCGAACUGGCAGGAAUGCUCCAAUGUCCAUUAAUAACGGCCAGUUACUCUGUGAACUUCACAAGGGCUUCCUGUAUCCCGCCACAACCUCCAGUGAAUUUUAUACUAUUGUAACGGAGGAAGAAUGGCGCAAAUUAAAUGAAUUCUACGAGUCGGAUCACGAAAUAAAGAUUGUAAAUUUAGGAAUUGAUGAGGCUGAUUUGAAGACGGAUCCUGAUCAAUGUCGAGAGUGUAUGCAGGCCAGACUUGACCAGGAACGUCUAGAUAGUUUAAAUUAUGAUAAUGCAAAGAUAUACAUUAAGUGCAUAGAUGAAGGAGAUGAUAACGAUAGUCCUAUCAAGAGUUCGAGGUCUUCCAGGACGAGGAGAAAAGCAAAAGGCUCACAUGAACUCAAAGUGUCUUCUCAAAUGACUCUCAAACAGCUCAAAGUCAUGACAAUGGCAAUUUGUAGUGCUGGACCAUUUGACCAACAUUUGAUGCUAGACGAACGUGAACUAACAGAAUCAGAUCAGAAUCUAGCCUCCCUCGGUGUCUACCCCGGUGCUGUACUCAAGUUAAAGGUUGAUACACCACCGGACAAUGAAGUGGAUUUGGAGUCAGACUCGACAAGUCGUGAAGCAGCAUCACCCGAGAAAGGUUUCAAGGGAACGGAACUGGUGCCCAGCUGAUUCCCCCCGGACGACGAGUCCCCAAUAGUCGCAUAAAAAACAAACCUCCUGACUCCCAUAAAAAAAAAGAGUAAAAUAUUUUUUUAUCACUAGUUCGUUAACUCUUUAUUACAAAAACUGAAAAUAAAAAAAAAAGCCAAUUGGGGUUGAAAUAAUUUAUUUCUGGGGGAAAAGCAAACAA